UACUGUCACGUGUUGCUCCUCUUCUUCUACUUCAUUUCCGUCUUCCUUCCUCAUACACCUCCUAUAUCUGAUGGCUGGGCUUAUGGAGGCCUUCCACUGUGGGUAUGGUUGACACCUUUAUUACUGCCAUUUGUUCAUUUAUCUAUAAUCUCCUCCAUGCUGUUUGGAGAAUAUUAGUGUCUGAGCUGCCUGGUUUGGCAGUGCCAUACAGAGACCGGGGCCUUUAUUUUAGGGAGGUCAUGGAGUUGAGCCCCGGACAACUGGCUGUCAAACAGCUGAAGCAGCAAUUCCUGGAGGCCUUGCAGGCCAACAAUGCUCAAGAGGUCCUGCAGAUUCUGCACACCGGGAAACUAGACAUUGACACCGUGCUGGAGGUGGAAGACCCCAGCAUGGUACUGGCCUCAUACAAACAAGGUUAUUGGCUCCCAGGAUACAAACUGGAGAGGUCUUGGGCGAUGGGUAUCCAUGUAUGCGUGAUGUACAAUGCUCUGGAAACAGCACUGGUGCUCCUUCAGGAAGGUGCAGCCGUCAACCGGAUGCCCAAUGGGAAGACGCCGCUGCAUGUGGCCUGCACGGUCUCCAACAGCGACUGUGUUGCCUUGCUUUUGGCUCACAGAGCAAAGGUCAACAGCCUGUCACUGAGCGGACACACACCACUGCACCACUGUAUCAGCGGGGAGUCUGUGGACUGUGCCAAGCAGCUCAUCCUUAAAGGGGCAAACGUCAAUAUGCCCAGCCACAGCAAUGAUGGGGAAACACCUUUACACACUGUAGCCAGAUUGGGUGUGCCAGAGCUGUUGGCUCUCUACUUGGCCCAUGGAGCGACCGUGGAUGCAGUCAACUCUCUCCAGGAGACUCCCCUGAUGACUGCAGCAUUCUGGGCUUUUGACGCUAAAGAGCAAAUCUUCAGCCAAAACCAUCGUUUUGUCUGUCGCCUCUUGUUGGACCAUCAGGCAGACCCGAACCGCCAAGAACUAGACUAUAAAACAGCUCUUCACAAGGCAGCCUGGAACUGCGAUCAUGUCUUGAUGCAAAUGCUUCUCGAGGCCGGAGCAGAUACACGAGCCAUGGACAUCAAUGGCUGUGCCCCCAUUCAAUAUCUCCUCAAAGUGACUGAGGUCAGGCCCAUGGCCAUACCUGAACUCUGCUAUCAGCUGCUGCUCAACUAUAACGCAGCACGGAUCUACCCACCCCAAUUCCACAAGGUGUUGCAGUCCUGUUACGAUUACCCGAGAGCAGUAGAAGUCCUGGUCAACUCUUAUGAACGAUUAAAGCCCACAAAGAAGUGGAGAACUUCCAUUCCUGAUGACUGCUACGAGCGACAUAAAGACUUCUACGACUCCAUGUUUGCUGUUUGCAGCAACACACCUCGCAGCCUGCUCCACCUGACCAGAUGUACCAUCAGAUCCAGCCUGGGUGGGUUUUGUCAGAGAGGUGUAGCACAGCUGCCUCUGCCAUCUCCCAUGAAGAAAUAUAUAUUACUGGAACCUGAGGGGAUACUGUACUGAUGAAGAGCUGCUUCUAACAGGUUUUGUGUUUGACAGUACAGAAGAAACGACAUGCAAGUUGUCUUUGGUCACUAUAAAACUGAUUUACAGAUGAAGGUGAGGUGGGACAUGACUAAGGAAGCCAUCCAACUAAUUGCAUAGUAUGAAUCUAUUGACUCUUCAACCAUAAAAAUGCAGAGGAUUGAGGGACAAGUGAGAAAAUGGCCCUUUGCUGAGAAUUUAUUGAGGAUCUUGGUCUCCUGGGCCAUAUGAAACUACCAUCCUCCACCCACAACCUCUCUUUCUGUAAUCCUUGUGUUAUUUAUAUCUUUCACCUUCUACUGAAGCCCCUUUUAUAUCUGUGAAAAUGACAUUACUUUCAACCAACUGCCUGAUACUUGAGAGGAUCCAAAUCUACCUGGCAACCAGCCUUAAUGUAACUCUCAAGCGCAUGCUCUUGUGAUACUUUCCUCUACUCUAUUUGCAGAACAAACCCUUGGCAAAGCCCUCCAUAACAAGUGCUUAUUUUUCCAGUGGAGUACACAAUCAGUGGUGGAGGAAGUAUUCAGAUCUAAUACUAAUACUAUAAACACACUGCAAAAAUACUCUAUAUAAGAGUAGUAAAGUUAAGUAAAAGUCCUGUAUGAACAAUGUUACUUAAUAAAGGUAUGUACAGUAUAAUAAACAUAAUAAGUACAAAUCAAAUUAGUCAGAAGUACCUCAAAUUUGCCGGUACAAUACUUGAGUAAAUGUAUUAUUCCACCACUGUAAACAACACAGCACAAGGAAGCACAAAUAAUAUUUGAAAGUUUUUCUCUCAACCCCUCAAAGCAGAGGUCCCUCUGCAACUUAAUAUCAGAACCAGAUGUUACAUUUAAACCGUUUCCACCCUGACUUCUACUUACAAAAAUAUUUCCAGCAGUAAACACAGUAGACUGUCACCCAAAGGAAGACCACUAAACCACUAUGAGAAGUCUCAAGGGGAGCACUGGUUCUCUAUGGUGGUCCCAACCCCCCCAAUAGAAGUUUCACAGGGGGCCUUCUUGAUUUUAAUGGGUGUAAUAUAUAACGUCUUAAAAAAUAUGUACAGUAGGACUUUGUCUCAGCAUAUCAUUCAUUUGUUUAUUUGUGAAGAUAACUAGUUUAAAUACUUGCAUAUGAACAAAUCUCACAAGUGAAGACCUGAACACAAGCUAUAUUCACAAAGCCUUCACUACUGAAUUUGUCAUAAAAUAAGCCCAUCAAGUAUGUAUGAUUGUUACAAAUGAAAAGAAAAUAUUGACAGAGCAUUGUAUAAAAAGUUCCUAAUACUGAAUGUAAUAUAAAAUAUGGCUUAGUCAGGGGUAGUCACUUUACACAAUGAUCGAAAAGAGGUCUCUAAAGGAAAAAGGUAGGGAACCAGUAAUGUAGAAGACAUAUAUGGAAUGUGACACCAGCACAAGAGCAUGCUGUAAUGGUGCGAGCAUCUCGGGCUAUUUUAUCCCGGCAUUAAGUCUAACUUAACAUGUAGAGAUAAUGCCAGCGUACUAUAGAGGGAAGCACUCGGAGACUGUUGGCUACCACCCCCAGAGAGAGGGAGAGGUGCUGCGGAGCUAUUAGCGUCUUUGUUGAAGAGAACUGGCAGCUUCAGGAAACAUGAAGAAAAAAAAAGCUGAAUUAGGACGGGAGAAAGGAAACAGCAUAGAUACAGACAGCAAACAUGAACGUUAAAGCACAAUGUAUGACGAAGACGUUUUUUCCGGCAAACAUUUCAAAUUCUUUUUUAAAAUUUUAAAUUUACAGUCUUUGUACGAUAUUUUCAAGUGCAUGCAUUAAGACAUUAUUCAUUUGGGGUGACUGUGAUGCCCACCGCUCCAGUGAAUCUGGCAUCUGUCAAUUUGAGUGUGUGACCCUGUGCAUGUGCAUGUGCAUGUGCGUGUUCCAACAGAUGCCAGCCUGGAUGGGUUAAAUGCGGAGAAGUAAUUUCACGUUCAACGUGAUUAAUAAAGUUUCUAAAAUUAAAAUUUGAAAGAACUCAUGCUGCAGCUUUUAAUCCAAACAUGUCCUCAGUCAAAUUAAUAAAUCUACAUUGUCAGUAGUCAUCAUGACUUUGCUAUCUGCUUUUUAUGUGUGUGUAGCUGUACUGUAUGUACUAAACAUACAUGAACUAAUCUAUUCCAGAUGCUGCAUCACAGCACAUUUGUAUAUGUAUGAAUGCUAGGAGAUGAUCGGAUUCAAUGCUGGAAGAUUUUUAAAACUGUUUGCUGUACCUUUAAACGGUUUAUUUCACAUUUUAAUGAAAUAAAAUAUCCACAUGAAAUCUCUGUUGUGGCUCUGUAGAUCUGCAUGUGUAUCAAACAUCUUCUGUAGAGGGAACACUGUCCGCUGUAGAGA